AGCAGACCAGAAUCACCGGAGAUCUGCCAGCGAGGACGACGUAAAUAUAACCAUCGAUUCUAUCUCCGGCCUCAUUACCGAUCUACGAUCUCCGGCCGGCUGCUAUACCUACCACUUUUGACAAGGCUGGCUUCUUUGUGAUCGGAGGAAAUGUUGACGAAAUUCGAGACUAAGAGCAAUCGAGUGAAGGGACUGAGUUUCCACAGCAAGAGGCCAUGGAUCCUAGCGAGUUUACACAGCGGUGUGAUCCAGCUCUGGGAUUAUCGGAUGGGGACUCUCAUUGAUAGAUUUGAAGAACAUGAUGGCCCUGUUCGCGGCGUUCAUUUCCACAAAUCUCAACCGCUUUUUGUCUCUGGAGGUGAUGAUUACAAGAUUAAGGUCUGGAACUACAAACUUCAUAGAUGUCUUUUUACCCUUCUUGGACAUCUUGAUUAUAUUCGAACAGUUCAGUUCCAUCAUGAGUAUCCUUGGGUUGUGAGUGCAAGCGAUGACCAAACUAUUAGAAUUUGGAAUUGGCAGUCUAGGACUUGUAUUUCUGUGCUGACCGGACACAAUCAUUAUGUGAUGUGUGCUUCCUUUCAUCCCAAAGAAGAUCUUGUUGUGUCAGCAUCAUUGGACCAGACAAUACGUGUUUGGGACAUUGGUGCCCUCAGGAAGAAGACAGUCUCACCUGCGGAUGACAUUUUGAGAUUGACUCAGAUGAAUUCUGAUCUUUUUGGUGGGGUUGAUGCUGUUGUUAAGUAUGUCUUGGAAGGUCAUGACCGUGGAGUCAAUUGGGCUUCAUUUCAUCCAUCCCUUCCACUUAUAGUGUCUGGAGCAGAUGACCGUCAGGUGAAGCUGUGGCGCAUGAAUGACACCAAGGCUUGGGAAGUGGACACACUUAGAGGGCACAUGAACAAUGUUUCAUGUGUCAUGUUUCACGCCAAACAGGACAUAAUCGUUUCGAACUCAGAAGACAAGAGUAUUCGUAUUUGGGAUGUAACCAAGAGGACUGUCGUUCAUACUUGUCGUCGUGAGAAUGACCGUUUCUGGAUUCUUGUUGCUCACCCCGAAACGAAUCUGUUGGCUGCUGGCCACGACAAUGGUAUGAUUGUAUUCAAGUUAGAAAGAGAAAGGCCCGCCUUCUCCGUGAGCGGAGACAUAAUGUUCUACACAAAAGAACGUUUCCUACGGUGCUACGAGUUCUCAACUCAAAAAGAUACACAAGUUAUCGCGAUUAGACGCCCUGGCUCUACAACCCUUAACCAAGGACCUAGAACUUUGUCAUAUAGUCCUACAGAAAACACUGUUCUCAUCUGUUCUGAAGCUGACGGUGGCUCUUACGAGCUCUACAUUGUGCCGAAAGAUAGUAUAGGCAGAGUUGAUACUGCACAAGAGGCUAAAAAGGGCUCGGGUGGAUCAGCUGUAUUCAUGGCCAGAAAUCGGUUUGCUGUUCUUGACAAAUGUAACAACCAAGUCUUGGUCAAGAAUUUGAAGAACGAGGUUGUCAAGAAAAGCAGUAUCCCAGUUGCUGCGGAUGCCAUAUUCUACGCCGGAACUGGGAACUUGCUUUGUAGAGCAGAGGAUAAGGUAGUUAUAUUUGAUUUGCAACAGAGACUCGUCAUCGGUGAACUACAGACUCCAUUUGUUAAAUACAUUGUUUGGUCGAACGAUAUGGAGAAUGUCGCCUUGCUCAGCAAAAAAUCUAUUGUCAUUGCCAGCAAGAAACUGGUGCAUCAGUGCACACUUCAGGAGUCUAUCCGUGUUAAGAGUGGAGCUUGGGACGAUAAUGGUGUUUUCAUAUAUACAACGUUGAAUCAUAUGAAAUAUUGCCUUCCAAAUGGAGACUGUGGAAUAAUAAAGACUCUUGAUGUCCCUAUAUACAUCACAAAGGUCUUGGGAAAUAAGAUCUUUUGCUUGGACAGGGAUGGAAAGAAUAGAAUUAUAACAGUGGAUUCAACUGAAUAUAUCUUCAAGUUGUCUUUGAUGAGGAAGAAAUAUGACCAUGUUAUGAGCAUGAUAAGAAACUCCCAGCUCUGUGGUCAGGCUAUGAUUGCUUAUUUGCAGCACAAGGGAUUUCCUGAAGUGGCUCUUCAUUUUGUCAAGGACGAAAGAACCCGUUUCAAUCUGGCUCUUGAGAGUGGAAACAUUCAAAUUGCCGUUGCUUCUGCCAAGGAGAUCGAUGAAAAGGAACAUUGGUAUAGGCUUGGAGUGGAGGCUCUUCGACAAGGAAACGCCGGAAUCGUCGAGUACGCCUAUCAGAGGACGAAGAACUUCGAGAGGUUAUCUUUUCUUUACCUUAUUACUGGAAACACGGAAAAACUAACGAAAAUGCUAAAAAUCGCUGAAGUGAAGAACGACGUUAUGGGUCAGUUUCAUAACGCUUUAUAUCUCGGCGAUGUUCGAGAACGCGUCAAGAUUUUGGAGAACGUCGGCCAUUUACCUCUAGCUUAUGUCACCGCUUCGACCCACGGCCUCCAUGACGUCGCCGAACGGAUUGCUGCUGAGUUAGGAGAUAGCGUUCCUCGUUUGCCCGAAGGAAAGGACGGGCCUUCGCUUUUGAUGCCGCCGUCACCUUUAUUGAGCGGCGGAGAUUGGCCUCUCUUGAGAGUCAUGAAAGGUAUAUUUGAAGGUGGUUUGGAUAAUAUUGGUAAGGCUGGUCACGAAGAAGAAGAUGAGAUGGAGGAUGCUGACUGGGGGGAAGCGUUGGACAUUAUUACUGAUGUGGAUGGUGAUGAUCUUGAAGCAAUUUUGAACCACGGGGAGGACGAUGAAGAAGACGAGGAAAGAGGAUGGGACCUUGAAGAUCUUGAACUUCCUCCGGAGGCUGAUUCCACCCCGAGGGCGACUUCUGCGGGUGUGAGUUCUCGUUCGUUAUUUGUUGCUCCCAGUCCUGGAACUCCGGUAAGCCAAAUCUGGACGCAGAAAUCUUCUCUCGCGGCUGAGCACGCGGCUGCCGGAAACUUUGAUACUGCAAUGCGGUUGUUGAGCCGGCAGUUGUGUAUAAAGAAUUUCGCACCUUUGAGGCAAAUGUUUCUUGAUCUGCAUUCCGGUAGCCACACUUACUUACGUGCAUUAUCGUCUUCUCCGGUGAUAUUGCUGGCACUUGAGCGUGGAAUCAACGAGUCUUCUUCUUCUUCUAGGGCUCCCCCAGCGCCUAUACUCAACUUCUCUCAGUUAGAAGAGAAACUGAAAGCAGGUUACGCAGCCACUAAAUCCGGAAAAUUCGUGGAGGCUGUUCGUCUUUUCACAUAUAUCCUUCAUGCGAUUCCUUUGAUUGUGGUUGAUUCGAGAAGGGGGGUUGACGAAGUUAAGGAGUUAGUAGUUAUAGCCAAAGAGUAUGUGCUGGCUCUGAAAAUGGAGAUCAAGAGGAAGGAUAUGAAGGAGGACCCAAUCCGACAACAGGAGCUGGCCGCCUAUUUCACAAACUGUAACCUUCAGACUCCGCACAUGAGACUGGCGUUACAAAACGCGAUGAACAUUUGCUUCAGAGGUAAGAAUCUGGCGACGGCGGCGCAUUUUGCGAGGCGGCUUUUGGAGACGAACCCGACUAACGAAAGCCAGGCGAAGUCUGCGAGACAGGUUCUUCAGGCUUCGGAGAGAAACAUGACGGACGUCGUGCAGCUGAAGUACGACUUCAGAAAUCCGUUUGUUGUUUGCGGGGCGAAUUACGUUCCUAUUUACCGUGGACAGAAAGAUGUCGUGUGCCCGUAUUGUGGAUCCCGAUUCUUGCCAAGCGAGGAAGGAAAUCUUUGCAGUGUUUGUGAUAUUGCCAUUGUGGGUGGUGAUGCUUCAGGGCUGCUCUGUUCUCCUUCCCAGGUCAGAUAGAUAGAUAGAUGAUAUACAUAUAUACAUAGAGAUCAAUGCUUGCAAAGCUAUAUUUCAUAGAAUCAUUAUUAUAUUGUCUUGCUGCAUUGUAAGUAGUAUAGUAUAUUUGAUGUAAUAAACAUAUUUCAUAUUCUUUUGACUGAGAUAUUGUUGUGUUCAUAUCACUGAGAGGGAAUAAUCAUCCAUGAGAUGAAUAUAUAGUUAGUUAGUUAAA